CUAGCUCUUCUCGUUCACCAAACAGCUACUAUUCUGCCUUGCUGAAUCUAGCGCCACCGAAUGAAUCGCCAUCAUGACGACCGGAUAUGCUACUUUCAAGGUGGACGGUCUCUCUGAGCCCUGCCAGACUUGGUACAAGGUUUUUGGGGAUCUAACCAAACCCGCAACUCCCUUGAUUAUACUCCACGGCGGACCAGGUGCAUGCCAUGACUAUCUGCUCCCUCUGGCUGAUCUCGCAUCUUCGAUGCCAGUCAUCUUCUACGAUCAGAUUGGAAACGGGCUGUCAACACAUUUGGCCGAUAAAUCUGGUGAUGAGGGUUUCUGGACAGUUGACUUGUUUAGCAAGGAGCUUGACAACCUCAUCUCUCAUCUAGGCCUGAAAGGCCGGCCCAUCAACAUCUAUGGCCAUUCAUGGGGUGGUAUGCUAGCUGCGGUAUGGGCAGCUGCAUUGCCGAGUCCGUCUAACCUCCAUCGUCUGGUUAUCUCCAAUAGCUUAGCAAGCAUGGAUGUAUGGCGAGAAGCGAUGACAGCCUUGCGAAAGCAGCUGCCUGAUGAUGUCCAGGCUGUUCUGGAUCGCGCUGAAGAGACCAAGGAGUUCGAGACCCCUGAGUAUGAGGCGGCUGUCGAAGUCUUCUACAAGAGGCACCUGAGCCUUGCCAGACCAUGGCCAGCGCCAGAAGUCCAAGCUGCACUCGAGUGGUUUGCAAAGGACCCUACUACGUACGGUACAAUGUAUGGGCCAAGCGAGCUCUACAUUUCAGGCUCGCUUCGCGAUUGGACUUGUAUCCCGGAUCUACCCAAUAUCAAAGUUAAAACGUUGCUUAUCAAUGGGACGGAAGACGAGGCUCAAGACGUGGCAAUGCAACCAUUCUUCGACCAUAUCGAGAAGGUGAAGUGGAUUACACUGGAUAAUGCGGCGCACUUUUCCCAUGUUGACCAGCGGGAGAAGUACAUAAAAGUUUUGGGGCCCUUCCUUGAAGAAUAA